AUGACGAGCAUUUUGUUAAACAUUGAUCGUGAUAUAUUUCAAGAAGAUGAAACCAAGGACGCUGGUAACAAAAUUUUAUCGUACCUGUUCUAUGUGGCGGACUUGCUGAAAGCAUCGUACUCCAGUUGUGCUUGGAACGUUAUCUUUGAAGUGGUAUAUUUGAACCAAAACGGUGUAUUGGGCUUGCAAAUUACUGAUACGAAUAAUUAUUGUAAAUAUCAAAAUAAGGUAUCUGAUUUUAUGAUAAACAGCUCGGGAAUAUGGCUCGAUAGUUUAUUAGUAUCACAAUUAAGGGAACACGGUGUACAAAAGUUGUAUUUAAUCGUUCUUUCCUGCGAUUCAUUUUUUUAUAACGGCGAACUUCUGACGAACAAUAACCAGGUAUUUGGCUUAUACAUACCAAAUAUUGAUGAUACUUUUAACAAUCAGGUAACAGUGAUUUUUGAUUCUUUCGUGUUUACUCCAAAUACUGCUGGUUGUGUCACAUGGGAAGACGUAAGUACUAAGUAUGUAGAAAAAGGCCGGUGGGGGUUGCAAAAGCAACUCAACUCGAAUGGUGGAUGUGAAUGGUUUCAACAAGGAUGGUUCUCUGUGAAGCUAAUCGACGAACCCUUUAAUAUUACUAAAUCCCUGCAAAACCUGGACGAUAGCUUACCAACAAGCGAAAAACUGAAACAACUAGAGGCUAUAACGACGUAUUCUGAGGAUUUUAAACCACAAGAUGUGUAUUUUCUUUUAAAGAAAUUACUUAAUUGCCAAGAUUUAAGCAUGGGCGAUCUAAGUAUUUUAAAACGAAUAAGCGCCAAUUUUUGUGACAUACCCAAUAACGUGAAGAGAGAUGCUGAACGAUUGUUUCAUACUAAUCAUAUGAUUCUGAAAAUUGUUUCGAUUGUGGGAUCUAUUAUUGAGACUAACACUGCCUACACAAUCGGUAACAUUCUUCAAAUUAUAAGUUGUAAUCUCAAUCAAAACAAGGAGUUAUAUUUAGCGAGGAAUUUCAUAAGUUGCCAGCCCUUAUCUGAAAACGAUUACAGUACAAAUUUGAUUUAUUAUGGGAAUACAAAAACCGCUGAGCAAGUCAUGCUUUUUUCGGUGAUUGCUUUUCAAAGCAACGAUCUGUUUGACGAACAAUACGACACUUCCCAAAUUUUAGGUAUCUCGACUCUAGUCACCUCAGAAACUUCCAUUACUAGGUUCAAAAUCACUUUUAAACACGACCAGUAUAAUGAUCCAAGUUACUCCUGCGCCUGUUGGAACAAUCACAAAUGGACUUACUUUCAUACCUUGCAAUCAAAAUAUAACACAAGCUGCUACAUCAACGACUUGCAGUACUGUGAAUAUGUAACGUUGGCAAACCUUGAUAUAAAUAAAAUACUGAAUGAUGUUUACAGCAAAGAUGAUGAACAGGACAGCAAAUGUGAUGAAUCUAGUUAUUGUACUACUACGUUGCAAGUCACUUUAAACGCACUUAACAAUCAUUUUAGCGAGUUGGAAGCUUCCAGUAUUGAUACAGUCUUUAACAUAUUUAACAAAAUUAAUUUAGAUACAGAACAACAACUAGAAUAUAUGGCGGAUAUUAUCGAUCUCCUUAUGAAUUUGGAUAGAGAAAUUCUAGCUAAGGCACAAACUCAUAACAAUUCAACAGAAAAGUUACAUGAAUGUAUUAAUCGCCUGGUGAAGGAUUAUAAAGACGAGUAUGAGUAUUUUAUAAAAGAUGUAAUAUCUAAUGAAGCACAAGUGGAUAGUUGCCAUACGGCGUUACUUAUCAACAAUACCUAUCAAAGUAAAGUUGGAACUUCAGAAUACUACACAAUUGUGACGGUAUAUUUCAAUGACGCUCUUUUUAUUGGAGAAUAUAAUACGGUUGAUGAAAAAAAUGGAAUUAUUGUUGGUGUUGCAGUUUCUGAUGAUAACUUGCAAUUAUCAAUGAGUAUGUCCUUUGAAAAUUACAAAAACAACACAAAUUGUGUAUAUUGGAAACAUAAAGCUUUGGAUUCUAAAACAGAGACAGGUUAUUGGGCACCUAUCAGUAAAUGUCCCUGCGCAAGUACAGAAGGUACAUAUUUUGCUCUUUUAGAGAGCCAUAACGUAACUAAUGAUUUAGAGCAAGUAUUUAAUUCCAAUGUCUCAAUUGAUGAACAACUGCAGAGAGUGAUAAGUAUAUUGGAUAUACAUAACCAAAAUUUAGAGGCUUUUGAUGUUCAUCUUGUAGCAAGUAUACUAGGCAAACUACUGAACGAAUCAACAGUGACUACUCAACAUAUGGAUUUCUCUUCAGCAAUAAUCAGCAAGUUAUAUUUAGUGAACACAAAUGUUCUACAACAAUCUCAAGAAAAAUAUGGAGCAACAGACAAUAUUCUCUAUACACUUGACGAAACUACACAAUUAUGCAAUGAUACCUUUAGUUCAGGGAUACUGUACAAUAAUUUUUUGCUAACAAAAAUCAAUGUCCAAAACUCUAACAUUACUGGUGUGAUAUUGAAUAAAUGCACUGAGAGUCUUUGUAAUAUAACACCUUUGUAUUCUAAUCAAACAAUAGAAGAAUCUGCAGAUAAAAAUUCUUUUAAAACCGCACUACUUUUUAGUGAAGCGUUGCAGAAGCAAAUAGAUGAAAAUAUAGAUCCUGUAAAUCUUAUUGUAAGCGUUCAUUUCAGCAGCCAGCUAUUUAGAGAACAGCAGCAAAGAAGUUUAAGUACUAGCAAAAUAUUGGGGAUUAUUUUGGAAGGUAUAAAUGAAAAACUUGCUGGUUCAAUUUAUCUUAUACAUAAUAAAGAUAAUAUAGAAAAGACGGCAAAUAGUAGUUGUGCAUAUUGGAAGUAUCAGAUGGGACAUUUUAAAAAGGAAUGUACCAAACUUAACUUUAAAAUCAACAAACAUUUCGAGAUUUUCAUGAAUGAGGCUGUAGCAGAAGCAGAAAAAAGUGAUGUAGAGCAAACAUUUCCAUUAUUAAGACAAAGAAAGACGAAGCUUCAAUUUUCGUAUGAAGGUACAGAUGAAACAGUAUUCGAUCCAAAACAAAAAUUUAAGAUCAGUUUUUAUUUUCAAAUUUUGGACACAAUUCAAUCCCUACAAAGACGCUUUGGGGGAAUAGAUAAGUUACACGAUUUAUUUGGAUUUUUGGGUAAUUUUCAAAAUCUAGAUUCUGAUGUGAUUAAAAGAUCAUGUAUGGAUUUGGAUUUAGCUUUACAAAUUCAACAUGCAGGAAACGUAUGCAAAGAUAUUGAUGGUCUUGAUUUGCAUAAUGAAAUUCUGUCAUACAAAGUUCUUAACCUAUUCACAGACUCUGGCAAAAUUUCGGAUUCGCCCAUAGAUAUUUUAAAUUAUAUAACAAAGAAAAAUUUACAAUCCUUGUUUCCAAAUCUAUUUAUAGCCUUGAGAAUAUUCCUGACCCUUCCAAUUUCGGUGGCAUCUGGCGAAAGGAGUUUUUCAAAGCUAAAGCUAAUAAAAAAUUAUUUAAGAACGUCAAUGUGCCAAGAAAGGCUAUCAGAUUUGGCAGUCAUUUCAAUUGAAAAUAAAAUUUGUGAAGCCAUUGAUCACAAUGAAAUGAUUAAUGAGCUUGCAUCUGUGAAAGCACGACGUGUCAUGUUGUAA